AUGUCGAGUCGAUCGCCACCGGUUCACACCUACGACCCAGCCCAAAUGAACGUGUUCAAGGGCGCGAACAGUCUCGUCGACUAUUUCAACCCAGACAAGAACGCGCCACUGCCGCUGGUCGAGUUGCCUCCGCAGCUGAAUCCGUUCUACGACGAUGGCGUUAGGAUCUACGCAAAGAUGCUCACGGCCUUGCCUGCAACCAAUGUCAAGAGCUUGCCUGCCCUGUCCCUCCUCGAGUCUGGCGGAGUCAUCUCGCUCGACUCGACUCCGGAGCAGCGCGCGGCACAAGCCAUCCACACGGUCACCGAGUCGUCUUCCGGCUCCACGGUCACGUCGAUGGCCAUGAUCGCGCGUCAGCACGGCGUGUCCAAGGUGCGCGCAUGGAUGUCGAAUAAGGUCUCGCCCACCAAGUCAUCACUGAUGCGGUUCUUUGGGCUCGAGCUUGCACUCUUCGGCGGUCCCUCCCAGUCGCCGCCGCAAGACCCCAUGGGCGGCAUCGCCAAGGCUGCCGCCCAAGGCUCUCAACCUGGCGUGUACAACCCGAACCAGUACGAAAACCCAGCCAACCCGGCAGCUCACACACGGUGGACGGGCAAGCAGCUUCUGCAGCAGCUGCCGGACAUCAAUGUCUUCGCUGGCGGCAUGGGUACGGGAGGAACCAUCACCGGUACAGCAACGAGGCUGAAGCAGGACCAACCAGAUAUGCACAUCGUAGGUGUCUGCGUUGCACGCGGCGACAAGGUACCCGGCCCGCGACCUCGUGAGCUUCUCGAACCGGUUGAUUUCCCUUGGAAAGGACUGGUCGACUCGGUCGAAGACGUCACCAGCCCGGAGAGCUACACCCUGAGCAUGCAGCUGUGUCGCUACGGCAUCGUCUGCGGUCCCAGUAGCGGCUUCUCGCUGCAAGGUCUGUUCCAGGUGCUCGAACGACGCAAAAAGCAGGGCACGCUGUCGCAGCUUCGUCAGCAGAACGACGGCCAACCCAUCCAGGCCGUCUUCCUCUGCUGCGAUCUGCCGUUCCAGUACGUCGAUGAAUACUUCGACAAGUGCGACGCGCAGCUGUUCCCGCCCAUCGUCAACGAGCAUCUCUUCCAAGUGGACCAGUACAAGUACAGCACGAGCUGGAUCUUGGAUGUGGCGAGUGCACAGACGAUGCUAGUGUAUCCACGCUUCUCGAUGGAGCGCGUCGAGCUGCCGUCGCCCUCCGAGCUGUCCUCCGACCCGUCCGAGUCGGAUUCAGACGCCUCGUCCACCCCCGCUACCCCGGGGCUGCUGCGCCCGGCGAUCAUCGACCUACGUUCGCGCGCCGACUUUGCAGCGGGCCACUUGGCACACGCGCGACAUAUCCCGCUCUCCAGCCUCAACGCCGAAGACCCCAGCCCCUACGAAGACGCCGUAUUGCUCGCUACGCAGUUUACCGAGCUCAACAAACGCUUCGUCGAACAGCCGGACGUGGCUCACGAAUGCCCCGGCAACGGCGUCGCCGAGCUCAACCAGCUGAGUCUACCGGAGAUGCUCGCAUGCUUGAAAAAGUCGCAGCGUGAAGCUCUGGUGAUCGACUAUACGGGUGAGACGGGUAGGCUGGCGGUGAGCGUGUUGAGGCAUGCGGGGGUGAAGGCGUACUCGGUGGUGAGAGGAUGGGAUGCGUUGGUGGGCACGCCUGGCAUUCAGAUCGUCAAGCCUAAGGCGUAA